CGACUGAGGGCCGCAACUUCUCUCCACCUGCCACGGAAGUAUUCUCUCUCCCCGGACAGCUUCUCAUGUGGCUCCGACAUCUCCACAGCCGCUUCAGCGCAGCCCAGACGGUUUGUUUUGCUUCUGUUUAAUGCGCAGCCAUGGGGAAGAUGUUCUCCAAGAUCUUCGGUAACAAGGAGAUGCGGAUCCUGAUGCUCGGACUGGACGCCGCCGGCAAGACCACCAUUCUGUACAAACUGAAGCUGGGCCAGUCCGUCACCACCAUCCCGACCGUGGGCUUCAACGUGGAGACCGUCACUUACAAAAACGUCAAGUUCAACGUAUGGGACGUAGGGGGCCAGGACAAGAUCAGGCCGCUGUGGCGCCACUACUACACCGGAACUCAGGGCCUUAUAUUCGUUGUGGACUGUGCUGACCGGGACCGGAUAGACGAGGCGAGGCAAGAGCUGCACCGUAUCAUUAACGACCGGGAAAUGAGGGACGCCAUCAUCCUAAUAUUUGCUAACAAACAAGAUCUCCCUGACGCCAUGAAACCCCACGAGAUCCAGGAGAAACUGGGACUGACCCGGAUCAGGGAUAGGAAUUGGUACGUGCAGCCCUCCUGUGCCGCCAGCGGGGACGGCCUCUAUGAAGGACUCACAUGGCUGACGUCCAAUUACAAAUCCUAAUGACUAAUAAUAACUGCACAGUGAUCAAUCUGCUUCUCAGAAGAGGGGUAAAAGCAAUGGCAUUGGAUUUUGCCGACCCCCACCGCUUUCUGUUGGAAUAUGGGCUGGAAUACUUUUACUUUUUUGUUAUGUUAGGAUUCCAAUCUCCUUGUCAAGAUACAAAUACGUUUCAAUACAAAUGAUCUGGG